AUGGAGGGCUCAGCAAAAGCAGAGGGAUGGUCAUGGCGGGUACUCGAAUUCUACAGCGGCAUUGGCGGCUUGAGGUAUUCGUUGAUGAGGACAGGGGUAGAUGCUGUUGUAGUCGAAGCAUUCGACAUUAACGACGUUGCGAACGAUGUGUACGAGCACAAUUUCGGCCACCGUCCCCAUCAGGGUAAUAUUCAGACAUUGAGUGCUGUUGAUCUCGACAGCUAUGGGGCAGACGCGUGGCUCUUGUCACCCCCUUGCCAACCUUACACGAGACAAGGUCUCCAGAAGGGUUCGAGUGAUGCUAGAGCUUCUUCAUUCCUGAAGAUUCUUGAAUUGAUACCGCAAAGUUCACGGCCUCCAAUGAUGCUAUUCGUUGAGAAUGUUGUUGGAUUUGAGAUAUCUGAUACACAUUCAAGGAUGAUUACAAUGUUGCGGGAAAAUCAUUUCGACAUUCAAGAAUUUAUUCUCAGCCCUCUGCAGUUUGGCAUACCGUAUUCCCGACCUCGCUAUUUUUGUCUGGCGAAGCGGAAACCUCUAUCUUUUCAAACUGCACAGUUGAAUAAUAACCUUGUUUGGGCUCCGGGCCCAAUACUUGGGUACGAAACAAACAUGCCGACCAGAGAAGAUGUAGAAUCACUUGCAUAUUGUAAUAAACUACUUGAAAGUUGUCAACCUAUACAAGAUUUUCUUGAACUAAAGGAUUUGAGCUGUGAAGUUGAUUCAGAAUUGGGCAUCAUGCUUGCUAAUGUUGAAGGAGGAAAUGUAUUCGUUGAUAAUAUUUCAUAUCAGUAUUUUGUUCCAGAUAGCUUAGUGGAAAGAUGGGGGAGUGCCAUGGAUAUUGUUUUCCCGGAGUCGAAGCGUUGCUGUUGUUUUACAAAAAGUUACUUUCGGUAUGUGAAGGGCACUGGCUCCCUGUUGGCAACUGUUCAGGGAAAGAUGAAAACUGAAACCUCUUCGCUGCAGGAGCUUCGUCUCAGAUACUUCACGCCUAGGGAGGUUGCCAAUUUACACUCUUUUCCGGAAGAGUUCCAAUUUCCACAGCACGUUAGCCUUCGGCAACGGUAUGUUUCGUCUUUCUAUGUUCCUUCUUGA